AUGGAAGCAGCUUCAACAACACAAGCUCCACAAUCUGUGGAAACAGAGUCCACAACAGAACCUACACAAUCUAUUUUACCCACAUCAGAAUCAUCAACAACACCAACACAAACCACACAGUCAGCAACUCCAUCAGAAGCAGCACCAUCUGUAACAAUCACAACAACUUCAAUGACAACAGAAUCACUGACUACAACAACACAAACUACACCAUCUAUGCCAACAGCCCUAACAACACAUACUACAGGAACUGUGGAUAAAGAGUCCAUAACCUCAACUACAACUACCACAUCUGUAGAAACGGUGUUCACAAUCGUACCAUCACAAUCUAUUCCACCCACAAUUGAAUCAUCAACAACACAAACUACAAGAUCUGUGGAAACAGUGACCACAAAACAAGGCACCAUCCAGCACUCCAUCUUCAAACCCAAAACCCCAACUAACAUCCCAAAAACCUACGACAGCAAUGACAGAUGGUGCCAUAGACUCGAGUUCUCUUCAGCCUCUGUCAUUUCCCUCUGA